UUCAGCAACCAGCUCACUGUCUAUUUUCCAAGAACGAAAGCAGACAAGCCAGGAGACAAUGAAGUGGUACCUGCUCGCUGCGUGUGUCGUCCUAAUUGGACAGGGAGAAGCUAAGCCAGUUGAAAAUGGACAGCCCGGGGGAUCUCAAAAUCUAUUCAGGUCACCUGGCCAGGUAACGCACGACAAAGAGGAACACGACGACGUUGAGCAGCAUUACGAAGAUAAUGACGACGUUGACAAGUAUGAUGAAGAAGAUGACGAGGAUGACGAAGAAGAAGACGAGGGUGACGAAGAAGAUGACGAGCAUGACGAAGAAGAUGACGAGCAUGACGAAGAAGAUGAGGAUGAUGAGGAUGAGGAUGAGGAUGAGGAUGACGAGGAUCAUGGUAUAAAAGGGCACAAGGGAGGAUUCUUGAAAAGGCACAACCUACCGGAACCCAAAAACUGGGGAAAAAUGACUUCAAAGGAACAAAAGAAAUAUAUAAAAAAAUAUAGGAAGAAAAUCUGUCAAUUGAGGAAAAAGAGCAACGAUGACAUACAACGGAAGGCGAAAAAAAUGAAACGACUUGGGGACGAAAUCAUAAACGACAGCCAUGAUUUGGAAAGAACUGGGCAGAAGAUCCGCAGCAAAGCAGUUGACGUUUUACGUUCUGUAAAAAGUCUUGACAACCUUUAACCUGGAUCAAGAACAAGAGACUAAUAAAGGUGUAACAGCAAACA